GGUCGAAAUUCACGCGGUCCUUUUUCAGGAAAUUAAGAUUUCCGAUGGGACCUGAAGGGAACAGGGCAGUGACGCCAAUCGCGCGCCGAUUGUGAGGGGGUGAUUUGUUUUAAGGUGACCAAUCAGCGAGAGGAACGUCUUACGAAGACAUGAGUGAAACGGCCCGCCCUUACGUCGGUUCAUUGAAGAAGAGGGACGGUCUGAGCUGCGCACCAUCCUCCGGAGGAACCAUGACAUCCAAACUUUGUAAGCUUUUUGUUGGGGGAUUGAACGUGGAGACCACCGAUGAAGGCCUCCGCAAGUACUUCGAGCAGUAUGGUACCCUUAGCGACUGCGUGGUGGUCAUGAACCAGCAGCUCGGACGUUCCCGCUGUUUCGGUUUCAUCACCUACUCCACGCCGGAGGAGGCCGACGCAGCAAUGGCCGCUAAGCCACAUGUCGUCGAAGGCAACAACGUGGAGGUGAAAAGGGCCAUAGCGCGAGAGGAUGCCAACAACCCGGACAUACUCGCCAAUGUCAAGAAAAUCUUCGUCGGCGGCGUGAAAGACCACAUCGUUGAGGAGAACCUGACCGAGUACUUCUCGCAAUUUGGCGCGGUGGAGAAGGCCGAGAUCAUCUCCGACAAGCAGACCGGCAGGAAGAGAGGCUUCGGCUUUGUCUUCUUCGAGGAUACCGACUCCGCCACCAAAGCCGUCCUGACCAAAUACCACACCAUCAACGGGAACAAGGUGGAGGUGAAAAAGGCUCUAACCAAGCAGGAAAUGUCCGCCAGCGGCCGGGGAGGAAGGGGUCGAGGGAGAGGGAUGCAGAGUUACGGCGGCGGAAGAGGAGGCGGCGGCGGCAGCUACGGAGGAGGCUACGGCGGUAGUUACGGGGGUGGCUACGGUUACGGCGGGGGCUAUAACGGGGGGGAUGGCUACGGAGGCUACGGGGGAUACGACGAAUACGACAGCCAGAUGGGUGGUGGGUACAGCAAUGGGGACUUUGGGGACGGCUAUGGACAGCAGCACUCCAGUUAUGGAGCGAUGAAGGGGGGCAACUAUUCUUCUUACCGGAGCGGGGCUCCUUAUAACAGGGGUGGUGGAUUUGGCGGUGGCUACUAAUGGCGCCCUCAAACGAUGAGAGAUUCAUUUCUAAUUGAAAUGGACUUGAUUUACACACACGAGCUACACAUGUCCAGGUAGGGGGUGAGAGGUGGUCCUUCGAGUUCAAUUAAAAAGAAGCAGCGCCCAUCACCCACACAGCCUGUUUCUGGAUCCCAUCCACCCCCCACCAGGACCUCCCUUCUUGUCCUCUUAUUCCACACGUUAUGGACUUUAAUACUAAGAAUUGUGAAUUAUUGAACUGUAUUUUGUUAUGUUGAAUUCUUUAAGUAUAAUUUUUGUCAGUCACUGCUUCAAAUGAGAAAAAAAUCGAUUGUUUGGUUUGCAGAUCCGUCAGUUUUGCCUGUUUUCACAUCAUGAACUCAGGGUUUUAGGUAAAGUUUGUGGCAGUGUCCGGCAGCAUGGGACUGGAUUUCUUCAGCUUCUUGACCCUAAAACUUUAUUUUUCUUUGCUCUCUUUUGUUUAUUGUUUUGAGAAAUGUCAGGGACUAUUUUCACUGUACUCUUGCCCCACUUUCCCGUCCCAGUUUUCUUUUUGUUUUCUAUUUUUGUUUUUUGUUUUGCCUAGAUUAAAAUCUUUUGAAAUUCAUGUGUUCAGCUCACCCCCUAUGUUUUAUUCUGCUUUUAUUAAAGUUUUUAAUGUUUUAAAAAUCUA